AUGGACGAAGGUGUAGAAAUUCCAAGUGAUGGGAAUUCCCUGAUAAAAGCCGUCCACCUGAGCCGGCUCCGCCUCACGAGACUCUUGCUGGAAGGCGGCGCCUACAUCAACGAGAGCAAUGACCGCGGGGAAACCCCGUUAAUGAUCGCCUGUAAGACCAAACACGUGGACCACCAGAGUGUCAGCAAAGCCAAGAUGGUCAAAUACCUGCUAGAGAACAACGCCGAUCCCAACAUACAGGACAAAUCUGGGAAAACCGCUCUGAUGCACGCUUGCUUAGAGAAAGCCGGCCCCGAAGUGGUUUCCUUGCUCCUACAGGGUGGGGCCGACCUCAGCUUGCAAGACCAUGCUAGCUACUCAGCCCUUGUGUAUGCUCUAAACUCAGAAGAUAAAGAGACCCUGAAUGUUCUACUGAGUGCUUGCAAGGCUAAAGGAAAGGAGGUCAUUAUCAUAACUACCGCGAAAUCGCCCUCCGGCAGGCACACCACCCAACAGUACUUAAACGUGCCUCCUUCGGAUAUAGGUGAGUGUCAUUCCCAAGCCACCUGCACCACCCCUUCAGAAGUAGACAUAGAAACGGUCUCCAUGCCCCUUUCACAUUCUUCUGAAACGGAAAUGAGAGUUUUUGGCUUUCACGAUCUGGAGGACUCCGGAAGCCGGGAUGAGACCUGGGACCUGGGCUCCCCUGUGCGGAAGCCUGCGGCGGGCCUCAGUGGGCCCAAGCCCCCCUGGGUCAGGAGUGGCCCCCCAUUAACGACCAGAGUGGCCUCUCUGCAAGAGGAGCUCCAGGAUAUUACCCCAGAGGAAGAGUUAUCCUACAGAACCAACGGGCUGGCACUCUCCAAGCGAUUCAUCACGAGGCACCAGAGCAUUGACGUAAAAGACACAGCACAUUUGCUCAGAGCCUUUGACCAGGCCAGCUCCAGAAAGGCGUCAUACGAUGAAAUGAAUUAUCGAUCAGAAGGAAAUCAGCAAUGCAGCGAAAUCCCUGUUGACCAAGACCCAGACUCUAACCAGACAAUAUUUGCGUCCACCUUAAGGAGUAUAGUUCAGAAAAGAAACUCGGGGGCAAACCACUACAGCUCCGAUUCCCAGCUCUCGGCGGGUCUGAUCCCUACAACUUCGGAAGAUGGCAAAGCGCUGACAGGAAAGAAAAAGAUCCUCUCGCCGACUCCUUCCUUGUUGUCAGGGUCCAAAGACUUGCUGGAGAAUAUGCCCCCAGGGCCUCUGAGCAGGAGAAACCACGCCGUGUUAGAGAGGCGAGGCUCGGGAGCUUUCCCCUUAGACCACAGUGUUCCCCAAACCAGACCAGGAUUUCUGCCGCCCUUAAAUGUGAGUGCUCACCCUCCCAUCACAGACGUCACUGUCCCCAAGAUCCCCAGCCUUCUUUCUUGCGGUCAGAAAGUGCUCAUGCCAACAGUUCCUAGUUUCCCUAAAAGUAAAAAAAUGUUAAGGAGACAGUCAUUGCAAACAGAACAAAUUAAGCAGUUAGUAAAUUUUUAA